AGAGCAAGAGGACAGCUCUUCAUCAUGAAGUCCAUCUUCUCACUGCUCUUCUGGCUAUUGCUGGUGUCCCGUGGAUCUUCAGCGGUAAUCACAGGGGCCUGUGAGAAGGACUCUCAGUGUGGAGGCGGGAUGUGUUGUGCAGUCAGUCUGUGGAUCCGGAGUCUGCGUAUGUGCACACCCAUGGGACAGGAAGGAGAGGACUGCCAUCCGAUGAGCCACAAGAUACCCUUUUUUGGAAAAAGACUACAUCAUACUUGUCCUUGUUUACCCAACCUGGCGUGCAUCAACAUAGAGGAGGGGAGAUUCAAAUGUCUCUCACCAUACAAGUAUCAAGAGAACUACCUCUGAAGAUCAGGCCCUCAUUCGGGCUUAUUUUUUAUUAUUUAUUUUUGUUUUAUUUGAAGAGAAAUUGUUAAUAUUGCACUUUUUUUAUUUGUUCAAGAAAAAACCCUUGAACUCAGAUUGUGAUGGCCCCCUUAAAUUUCCCCUUGAGUAGCU